AUGGCACAGUCAUUUGUAGGCAAUCGGAUACGUCUUGCUGAAGGCAACACGUGCUUUGAAGGCAGAAUUGAGGUUCUUUACAACGGUACAUGGGGCACAGUUUGUGAUGACUUCUUUGAUGCAACUGCUGCUGGUGUUGCUUGUAGAUCUCUGGGAUUUAGCGGAGCUGCUUUGUCGUGGUUCUACUUCAAUUCCUCAAACACUUACCCAAGUCAAAUCUGGCUAGACAACUUGAACUGUACAGGCUUUGAAGCUAAUCUUUGGGAUUGUGACCAUCCAGGAUGGGGUAGACACGACUGCUCUCAUUCCGAGGACCAGUUUAUAAGAUGUGUUGGAAGUUGUCAGUCUUCACCAAGCGUUUGGGGCGUCAAUUGCACGUUCAACAAUGACAUGUGUGGAUACAACGUAACCGCUGUUAAGGGCAACGUGACAUGGGCGAGGUUGUUCUCGGGAAAUGGAGGUGUCUAUGAUCCAACUACUAGCUCUGGCUUUUCCAUGUACUACAUGAGUCCUUAUGGCAUGGAAGGAGACCGGUCAAGACUGAGCACGCCGCUGUUCCAACCGUUACAUUCCCAAUAUAUGAAGGUGGAAUUCAACUACCUUGUUCGGAAAUCCUCGUACGGUAAUCUGGUUGUCUUCAUCCGAGGUGAAUCCGGUGGAAUUUACAGUGAAAACAAGCUCUGGAACAGCCGAUAUCUGAGAGUAGAAGAAGACGGAAUGUGGUUACACCAGUGUGUGAGCAUACUCGCCGGGCACUAUUUUAAAAACAAUAGUCUUGUGUUUGAGGCUAAACUAGGACCGAAUAUGAAUUCUGAAUCCCACCUUGUUGCCAUUGAUACCGUAAAUGUGCAAGCCGGACGAUGUCAUGAAUCUUUACUGGAUGGUCCCUGCGAUUUCAACAAAACAAAUGCAUGCGGCAUGGAGGUAGUUUGCUCCAACUGCGACCGUAACAACUUGCAGUUUAACUGGAUCUGGACCAACGGAGCCCCAUAUCUGAACAAAAUCACAGGAGAAGGAUACUACAUGCUGGCUGAUUCGUCUUUCGGAUUCCAAGGUGAUGAGGCUGUGAUGAUCUUUAGUCUUCCGAGCAUAGGAGACUUAAGAGCUCUGACGUUUGACUAUUAUUUUGAAGCACAUUUUGAUGGAGAACUAAAGGUGAUGUUGCAUCUAAAUGGUGCCUUUCACUCCACACUGGAAACGUACACUCACCUUUCUAGCAGGGCUAACACAUGGGUAACUGAGUGCAUGGAAUUGUCCUCACUUGUCGCCUCAACCCUUGAUAUUGAGAUACGUUUUGUAGCGGUCCACGGCUCCCAACUCACGUCUGAUGUCGGGAUCGACAAUGUGAAGCUUGCGGAGCAUUGUCCUCAUCUUAUUUCAUGUAACCGUUUUGAGGACAGUUGUGGUUGGAAUAUGACUCAAAUGAGCAAUUUAGUUGCAUGGCAAUUUUCCGGUAACGGAAGCACGGAUGAAUCCCGAGGUAUUCGAAUCGGAGGUUUGAGCUCGUACUCUGGUCUUCUUGAGCUUUUCUACCAGGGCAGGUGGUACGGAGUAUGCGACGAUAGCUGGGACAGUUACGAUGCUACAGUUGCAUGUCGCUGGCUGGGAUUCUCCGAUCCAAGUAACAAUUAUCCUGGUUAUGGCCAAAGUGGAAAUUCAUCGUUCAUUGUAACGAAUCUGUUUUGCACGUCAACGGAAAAUACGCUGUACAACUGUCGUCACGCUGGCCUGUUUAAUACUGGGGGCUGUAACAGUUACGACUAUGCAUACUUGGCGUGUUAUGGAACAAAAAACAACAUUAUUUGGAACAUAAAUCAACCGCACUUUUACCUGACAACUACUCAGUAUACUGAAACCUGGGCCACCGUAUCAUCACCGGAGUUUGACCAUACAGGUGUUCCCUACAAGUUUCUGUUUAAAUAUCGCAAGACAGGCUCAGAAAUGCUUCAGAUAUGGGCUGAAAAUAUGGUAACCGAGCAUACAACUGUGCUCGGUAAAGUGACCACAACGUCCCAGGAUGAAUACCAGUAUUGUGUGGAUGUCCCAGCGGACUUCAUUGGCAUGUAUCGGAUCGGAGUGACAGCCUUUGUAACACCGGGUUCUUCAAAUGUCGUCGUUUACGAUUUCCAGAUGUAUGCUGGUCACUGCAAAGCUACAUUGGAAAAAAAGAACUGUUCUUUCGAACACGAUUUCUGUGACUACACCGUGACAGACGGCGGACAUGGAUGCAACUAUGAAUACAAAUGGAAACACACAUCAGGGGAACUAAGAUCUGACCAUUACAUGACGGCAGAGGCGCCUUUUAAUAUUAGCUUUGGUAGCAUGGACUUUACAGACUUGUCGCUGGGAAGUGUGCAAAACACUGCAAACUGUUUCUUGCGAUUUUCGUACCUCAGUAUGAACUCCUCCAGUUACAUGGACGAAAUGAAUAAAGUACAACCAGGAAGACUACUAGUCAGUGUAAACGACGAACGAACUGAUCUGCCAUCAACCUUUCAUCCCCGUCGAUCGGCUUGGAAGGACCGCUGCGUCGAUGCCUGUGGUUAUGCGACGUCACAGCUGAAUAUCACAUUCAGAGCAAAAGCAGUUACUGCUGCAAUCGAUAACAUAUCCCUUUCGAAUGAUCCAUGUGAAGAGCAAGAAGAAGAGUCAGUCAAUUGUGUGUUCAGGAAUGGUGAGAUGUGUGGGUACCAGUGGCCACAAGGCAGCUACUGGGGUUGGAAUAGCGAAGGCUUUCUAGUGACUAAUGGGUCAUACACGAGCUUGGUGUUGAAUUCUCCGAUGUACACGCCAGUUUCUUCAAACACAUGCAUCACCAUAGCGGCGACAGCACAAAGUUCCUCAAAUAGCCUAUAUGUCAUCGUACAUGGAGAAAAUGGAUCCGAGAUAAAUUAUGCCUAUGUCAAUAUGGUUGUAAAUGAAACAAGUCUGCUUUCGUUCAACUUAUCGAGCUCAGAGAAAAUAUGGCUGGAAUUGUACGCGUAUGUUUAUUACUUCCCGUACACGAUAAGCCUUAUCUCCGUGAAUGUGACAGACGGACCAUGCGCCAUCACAGGAAAGAAAUGUAGAGGACAGUCAGUUAUGUGUGAUGGCAUAUGUUAUCCACAGCUCUACAGAUGUGAUGGUAUACGUCAUUGCCUUGAUGGAACUGAUGAAAUCAACUGCCAAUGUUUAAACUCCACGUACACCUGUGCCAGUGGGGAAUGUUUCCACUCGGCCCUCAGAUGUGAUGGUUUUAGAGAUUGCGUGGAUGGGUCGGACGAAGAUUGUGAUUCAAUGGCACGUGUAGCAUGCGAUUUUACUGACGGUACAUGUAUGUUCUACCUCCACAACGUCGAAAUUCUUGAUGCUUCUGUUUACUACUGGUAUUAUCAACCAAUUGCCCAGUAUGGCAAUAUAGCUUUUAUGGAAAAAUCGAUGGGCUACUUGAGAUCUGCUCCUGUAAAUGUUGUAGAAAACAGUUGCCUUGAAUUCCACUUUGCAAUCGUGUCAUCCUAUUCUCCGUCUGUGGUACGGGUAGCAACAUUAAACAACAAUUCUUAUCAAACCGUAGGUCACUGGGAACUGCAGCCAUUCGACUUUAUCUCAGCAUUUGUAAUCUAUGUAAAUAUUUCGUCCGGGCAAUAUGAUGGAAUUCUUAUUGAGACACAAUCUUUCUCCAUGAACAACUUCAACGAACUAAAAGCUGUUGAUAAUAUCCAGCUUUACCCGGGAAAAUGUACAAAUGACGGCGUACAGGUCUUAACAUUGACGGAGCUUAUUCCAACAACGACAACAACACCUGCCUGGGAAGGCACCACUAGCUAUGAAAGAACAGAGUGGGGGUUGGACAAUUCAACAUGGCCAGCGACAACACCAGCAUGCAGUCACGACCAGUUUCCUUGCUAUAAUGGGACCUGUAUACUUAUUCUGCAAAGAUGUGAUGGAGUUCCACAAUGUAGUCACAGUGAAGAUGAAUUAAUGUGUUCCACUUCAGGAUGGACAACUUCUGCAACCGGGCCAUCAUCUCCUGUAGGGUGCCAAAUGUGCUCUGAUAACUCCAGUUGUAUAUCGCCGCAACAAAUAUGUGACGGCAUCAACGAUUGUGCUGACAGAAUGGACGAAACUAUAUGUGAAGACUAUCCAUCCGUCCGUGUGUCCGACCCUCCCGCAACGACCUUAUCAGGGUCUGUGGACCUUGUGUGCACUAUGGAAAACCCUGGAAAUCAUGAGGUGAUAUUAUUUUGGAGAAGCCUUCGGUGGGGGGACAUCUCACGAAACGGGGACUUAAUGGUCGAUAUUUCAUUCAAAAACCUUACUCGAGGAACAUUCAGCGUGCGCCUGAUUGAAAACGGCACAACAACUGCAUACAUCUUAACAGUUGGCGUCGUGGAGCAACAAGACACAUACGAAGACUUCACAUGCAUUGCGGAUAUCGUUGGCAUUCCUGAGGUGUACUGGCCUUAUCAUAGCGUCCGUCUCAAUAUUCAAGGUGACGGCUGCCUGUCUUUAAACAACGCUGUGUGUUACAAUCUGGGAAUUCGCCGAGUUACCCUUCCUUCGUUUGGUGGUGCCACUAGCUUGUCGCAGAUGCAGCAUAGGUUGUCCAGUAUUGAUAACUAUUACAACGGCUCCUCCUCCGACCCAUGUCAUCAUAGUCUGAUGGAGUUGGCGUGUGGAUUACAAGCCACCCCAUGUGACAAUGGCCAGGCUGUACCCGUCUGCAGAGAACACUGUGAAAUGACCAACCGAUUUUGCAGCGGUCAACCUUCAAUUGUAAAUGUAGACAACUCAGACAUAGGUCACUACUGCAAGUUUCUACCCUUCUCCUCGGAUCGCACUUGCAAACAAAUAUGGAUAGGUUGUGGAGCCACCAUGAAUGUUUCCGGAACCAAUGCAAUGUUUUGGUCUCAGAACUUUCCCAGUGUGCCAUUUGACAGCUCGUGCGCUUACACGUUUAGGACGCAUGGAAUCAAUACGCUUUUAGCAACCAUCGAGUUCUCUCGAGUCACUGGUGCAUAUUGUGACACGGACUAUAUUCAGAUUGACGGUCAGAAGUACUGCUAUGACUCGCCCGAUAUACCCAUAGUUAUCUCAAACAAGACGAAGACUACGAUACGUAUUCAUUCGGCAGCAAGCCAGCUUGGUGGCUUUAAAAUGACAGUAUCUGAAGCUUUUCCAUCGGGUGUGUGCGACUAUAUUGAGACCAGUACUGACACUACUGACUACAAUAGUGUGUAUACGUCAAAUAAGUCUGGUAGCUGCAACACAUGGAUAUUUAAUACCACCAAAUGGACAGGUGUUUGGACUCCUUACUAUGUUCAGUAUGUUUUCAACUUAACGUUUACCCAAGUUGGAGAGAGCUGUUUGAAAAUAAUAAGCUAUGCCACCAAAAAGCUUCUCCGCACUGUCUGUCCGGAGCAUGUGAACAACACCUACAUGUUGAAUGACAGCGUUCUCUUGGAGGCAGUGGAGGACUUUGUGGUUGAAAUUGCUAAUUAUGAUAACUGGCUUCCAGAAACAUUCAAUGUGUCUCUUACGGGUGCCAACGGGGACGGACUUGUGUACAUACAAAGAAGUGACGGUGAGACAGGCUACGUAUGUGGGUACAUUUAUCAAACAGAGCGAGACCAUCUGUGCAGGGCAGCUGGUUAUGGAUCUUCAACCGGGGUCUACUAUGCAAGUCCCUCAGACAACAAGCAGGCCAUCAUGACGAUGCUGACCUGCAGCUUAUCCAGCUUCUCCGCACAGAUAGUGGAUGAAUGCAGAUUUAAUUGGUACGAUGGCUGCCAUCCGAGCAUCCCAGCAGGGUACUGCAAGUGUGAAUAUCAGCCCUUGCUUAUUGGUCUGCAGUGUGCAAUGCCGAUGAUUGCGUGCAACAUGUCCGGGUCAGACUGUGGCUAUCGUUAUUCACACGCAGACUUCUAUUUGCAUUAUGCAUACGGGUUGGCUGCUACGAAUUCAAACUUUCGCAGCGGCCGGAUACUAUCCCCUGUUUUCUCGUACCGGACAACAUCUUACGUUUCCUUCUCCUAUAUGGUAUCAGGGAAGGAACAACAAAUCUCCGUCAGUUUGCAGGGAACCAAUGGUUCAGAGAAAGUACUUCCAUUUGGGCACUUUCCGGUGUCCGGUGGUUUGUAUACUGCAUGUGUGCAGCUGCCAAAUCUCUCCGGAAAGAACGUCCAACUUGCGUUUGAUUUCAAGCGGCUAACUAUCAAUGACAUCUCAUCUAACGGUUCAUCAUCUAGCAGUUCAUUUAUUAUGAGCCUGAAAGAAGUGAAGCUUCAUGCUAACGGAUGCCCAGCCUCCUUCCCAAAGAGUGUCUGCCGAUUCGACAACCUUGAUGUGUGUGCCAUUGGAGACUCCAUCUGUGUACAACAGAAUGUGUGGUCCAUUGCAGAAAAUAUGCUCGUUGGGGAUGCAGUAAAUGCUAUUCAAUAUGUGGAGUAUCCAUUCCACAUGUCCACCCCUAAUCUGAAUGCAUCACUGCCCUGGUUCCUGACGUUCUUAUACUAUCAGUCUGGUUAUGGAAUUGGAACCAACGACUUGCAACUCAAAGUUAAAGUUGGGUCCAGACUGCUGUUCUCAGAUAAACAGUCUAGAUUUGAUAUGGCAAUGGAAAAAAUUUGCCUCCCUAUUCCUGCCCAAAUUGCGUUCACGGAGGUGAGCUUCAUUCUUCAGACUGGUUUAUCGUCAGGAAAGAUCUACCUAGAUGACAUCAGUUUAGGAAACACACAGUGCCCACAUCCUGCUGCAUGUGACUUUGAGGUGUCUUCAAUAUGUAACUACACUGUAAAAGAGUCCAACUACAUCGUGAAAUGGUUCAGGUCAAGCAACAUGGACCACAGCAAUGUAAAUGCACAAGGUUAUUCCAUGUAUCUUUUCAACUACUAUGGAAAAGAAGGCCAACAGUUUAAAUUAUCAACACCAGCGGUUGACCUCCUACACGAAAAUGAUCGUUACAAGUGCAUGGAAUUUUACUACAUUUACACAGCAGGCUACGGCAGUUCGAGAAAUGCAAUCGUUCUUACAAUAGAGACAAAGUAUCCCGAUAAUUCCACUCGUGUGUUUGAAAUAGAUACGACUGAAACAAGCUGGGCUUUAUUUAACAUACCUAUAGAAGAGACUUACGACUCUGCUGUGUUUGACUUUGUGGCAACCCAAAGGGGAACUAGAACGUCAAAUAAUUACCAGCAUAUUUACAUUGAUGAUGUGUCCUUUAUGAGGAAGGACUGCACAAUGGGGCUUCAGGAUCUGAGCAUGUGCAGCUUCACCAACCCACACCUGUGUGACUACGAUGUGAAUUGCACAGCUGGGUCUGGCUUCAUUUGGACCCGUCAUUUUGGUUAUACUGAUACCCCGCUUACUGGGCCUUCGGCAGACGCAGAUGGCUCACCAACAGGCUACUAUCUAUAUGUUGACAACUCAAUGGGCGAUGCUGGUCACACUUCUCUUGUGUGGUUCCACGUUACCAUGCCAGCAGACAGCACCAACGCGCACUACACGUUCUCCUAUCACAUGCUCGGCGCAGGCAUCGGUGGACUUGAGACAUUUAUUCAAGCACGAGGCUCGAGCUUAGGACCUGUUCGUAGCAUCCUUUCGCUCAACACUGAUCUAUGGCUGGAGUCUGAUUGCUAUGUCUUGCCAGAUGGUUUCCAGGGAGAUAUAUUCUUCCGAUCUAUGAGAGGAGACAGUGAGUUUGGAGACAUUGCUAUCGACAAUGUAAAGGUGUUCCAGGGACCUUGUCCAGUGAAAUCAGUAGCUUGCAGUUUCGAGACGGAAACAUGUGGAUACAUUCAAACCAGUGGAAGUUGGGAGUUGCAAGAUGGGUCAAUCUCAACCUCCGUUCCUGGGCGUCUAGAUGCUCCGAUGAAUGCAGUGAACUGGUCUAACGGUGACACCUGUAUAUCAGUAGUGUAUUCCGCUGGCAUGGAAGACACGCUUGUCGUAGAAGCUGAAGAUAAGACGGGCAACAUUAAGCGGCGUAAAUUCUACCAUAACGGAAAUGGCACAGGGUUAAUUGGCACAUUUACAGCCCGUGUUUUAAACAGACUUUCGUUUUUGUCGGAGAAUGCAUCAGUGAAGAUUGAGGAAGUUGGAAUGUUAUCAGGACAUUGUCCAGUUUUAGCGUGUGAGCCACGCUGCGCCGAGCAAUGUUUGUCGACCAGGCGCGUGUGUGAUAAGGUCAUGGACUGCUUUGGUGGUGAAGAUGAACUUGAUUGUGGCUUCAGCAUCUCGUGUAACUUCUCGACCUCAGACUGCGGAUAUACGGCUAGCCCGGUUUCCUCUUUAGAGUGGACACGCGAGAGGUCCCACACGUAUAGACAGGGAAACAACACGUUUACUAUUUCACCAGCCGUUGCUGACCACAUGCUUAUGACAAAAAUCACCUCAAGAGGCAGCCUAUCCCUGUCUGUUGCCAGCUCCAAACAGUUCAAGCUUAGGGAGGCCUCGUGUUUGUUUUUCACGUACGCUGGCUCCCUUGAAUCUCUCUCUGUUCUUGUCUUGUCAACAGAAGGCGCAGAAAACCGUAACUGGAGCGAUUAUGCUGUCAGUCAAGGGAAGGGCCGUUGGCGACCUGGUCAGAUUGCAAUUCCUGCAGGCUCAUGGGAGAUCUUGAUAAGCGCUAGUCUCCUUGGAUAUACAGAAGAUCCCUUUGUCAGGCAGCCAUUCGUGGCUAUUGACAACAUAGUCUUGUCAACCGGACGGUGCGAUUUAAACUUAUCAGUGUGCCCACCAACUACGCCUUACAAAUGUAGCGACGGCAGUAAAUGUUAUGAUGACCACAAUAAAUGUGACCGUAGUAAUUACUGUGAUGAUGGAACAGAUGAAAGCACGGCAGUGUGUGGAGAAAUGUACCUGAUCCCAUGUGACUUUGAGGAUGAAGCAGCAUGCGGAUAUAACCUUGUUGAUUCAAAUGUUCUUGUCGCCAAUGCCGACGGUCAAUGGCGUAGACGAGGUGGAUAUGCGCAUCAGAUACCACCAUACGACAAUACGUUCGGAGAUGAUCGAGGGCACUUUGCUCACUUCUCCGAAUGGCUGGUCCACUCUUCGUCAUUCGCUCCUCAUACGGGAUAUCUGAGUUCACCGAGGGAGACUUUCAACACAGAUGGCUGCAUCCAGUUCUGGUACUACCUCAACGGAACCGCCACUCAACCAGACGCUUUGUCCGCGCAGAUCUAUGUCCGCCUACUGUACAGCAAUGGUGUAACGGAGCUGCGCUGGUAUGACCAGGUGAACCGAAAGAUCAAUACUUGGAUUCAGGGCGGAGUUCCAGUACGUGGUAAUCAGGAGGUGUACCUGGAGAUCACCGCCAUCGUCUCUGAACCCCCUACAGCCUGGCCCGGCACUGUUGCCAUUGACGAUAUCAGCUACCAAGAAGGAGCUUGCCUAAUAGCACAGUCUUGUACAACUUCCAUGUUCAUGUGUGCAGACCGCUCUGUCUGUAUUCCUCAGACCUUUGUCUGUAACGGAAACAGGGAGUGCCUUGACGGUACAGACGAGGCUAACUGUGCACGUCGUCCAAACGGUGCUAUUGAACUAUCUGGGGGUGAUGGAACCUACGGCGAAGUGCGCUAUUUUAUGGAUGGGGCGUGGAAAGAAGUCUGCUAUCCGUCAUCUAAUGCAACUGCGUUUGCAGUCUCCAACACCAUUUGUGAACUGGAUGGAUUUGUGGGUCGUGUGGAGGCAUAUAGGAUCUCCAGAUACCCGUAUGGCUCCACCGUGCAGCUCUCGUGCAGUAACGGUUCCUGCACGGCAUAUUCUUACAGCUGUUCAACUACAAUGGGAGUUCGCUGCUCAAACUAUGCGUGUUUCUCGGGGGAGAGGCUCUGCGCAGGCACGGUGAACACGUGUGUUCCAAACACAAGAUUCUGUGACGGCUUGCCGGACUGCCCGGACAACACGGACGAGAUGGAGUGCUUCUGUGAUAUGGACGCGGUUGAUGAUAACAGAUGCAGAAAAACACUCGAUGAAUGCAUCGACAAGAAGUGCCGGACAUGUACUGAACAAAACAAGUUCGAAUGCAUGAACCAUGAGUGUGUCCCCAAAUCUCAGAGAUGUGAUGGCAUCAAACACUGCAGUGAUGGUUCCGAUGAAUACAGAUGUGCCAUUGUUGAGACACACAUGGUGUACCUUCCACACAACGGAGUCAUUAAGCCGGUGUGCAUGAAUGAUGUUAACAGACAAAUGGCCGAGUCUUUGUGCAACUUUGCUGGCAAAGGUACAAUAGUAGCAGGAGGGAUCAAGUACGGUCUUGCAGAAAUAUCUGAUGGUCUACAUGUCGUUCCAUCCACCAAUGGCAGCUCUGUUGUACGCGGCAUUCGGAUAGCUAGAGCCAAUCAGAGAUGUUACCCGCUUGUGUUGGUGUGUGCUAUGCCAGAAUGUGGGAAUCCAGUUUACCUGCAGAACUUUAUUUCCCCACUUGUGAUGAAUGGAAGGGAUUCACAGCCGGGUGAAUGGCCCUGGCAGAUCAGCCUGCGAUACAACAAUCAGCAUAUAUGUGGUGGAACAUAUAUUGGGGGCAAAUUGGUGCUCACUGCGUAUCACUGCAUUGAAUCUACUGGCUCAUUCUAUGUUCGAUUUGGAGUGAUUAUGGAAGAUGUAUUAGAAAACUACUCUCAGGAAAUCUACGUGUCACGCAUAUAUCGUCAUCCUGACUUUGACACCGGAGAUAAUGGUUAUAUAAAAGGAUCGGAUCUCGCAAUAUUGGAGAUGGCAUACGAACCAAUGACAGACAAUUAUACCCGGCCUGUCUGCAUGGGGAAUGCAAAAAGCUUCAUGGACAUCAUUGACAAAGGCGAAAUUGCGGAAUGUUACAUCACUGGAUUUGGGAUGCAAGAGACGGAAUUCUUCCAAGUCCAAUACAAUCGGCAUCUGAAGGAAUCAAAAGUCCAUGUUGUAGAUCCUCAACUUUGCAACAAUUUGAUGUAUUACCAGCUGGAUGCAUCAUAUGUUGCUAACGACGCAAUGUGUUUGGAGAACCGGGAACCUUAUGCCCCAGCAAACCGUGGUGACAGUGGUGGUCCAAUGGUUUGCAAAGACGAAAAUGGCCGUUUCAAACAGUUUGGUGUGACCAGCUGGGGAAUGUCAGGCGCUGAUAAGAAUGCUCCUGCCAUCUAUGUGAACAUCAUCUACCACCAAGAGUGGAUCGAAUCCAUCACUGGCAUACCGCUGACAUAGAAGUAAUCAAGAAAACCGAAAAUAAGUUACACUACUCUAAAAUAGUGUUAGUUAAAAAGACUGAUUUAUUUAGUAAUCAUCGUUUUUCUUUGGACAUACGUAAUUGUUUAUACCAACUGGUGGUACUCGUAUAGUACUGAUAUUUUUGCAACUUUGUUAUACUUUCAUGAAUGUUAUAGUGAUGAAACAAUAGAACAGUUGUUUGCAGUAUGUGUAUAUGUGUUGUAUUUGCAAUAUAUUAAUCAGCUCUACUGGGGAGAAACAUGUACUUUGACCUACUUCAGUGCCAUUAAUUAUUUGUAUUGUUUUUAUCAGAAUUGUUGAGAAUGUUUAGCUGACCUUAGCAUGAAGUGCUAAAGAAGAGCUUUUGUGAUUCACCUAUGUCCGGCUUCGUGCGGUGUGUGGUGUGCGUUGUCUAUUGAGCGUCAUUAACUUUUAGCUCUUUACCAGUCUACAGACCACAUUUAUCACGAAAUUUGUUGGUCGACUUCGAAUCUUUGUCACAUGGUCAAAUCUAAGAAAACAAUUGUCAUUUCUCUAGAAGCCACAAUUAUGACUCAGCCUUGAUGAAAUUUGGUCGGAAUAUCUUGACAAUAUAUUUUGAAAGCUUGAAUUUAGGUCAAGUUCGUCCAAAAACAAGUUAACCAGGUCAAAUCUUAGAUAAACCGUGUUACUGCUCUAGAGGCCACAAUUAGCACUCAAUCUUGAUGAAACUUGUUCAGAAUGUUUCUCUGUGAUAUAUCUAUUAAAAUUUUGAAUCUUUUGUUCGUCGAAAAACAAGAUCAACAUACAAAAUCUGAGAAAAAAUCUGUUUACCAAUUAAGGGGCCACAUUUGACUCAAUCUCGAUGAAACUUUGUCAGAAUAUUUAUCACGACAUUAUCUAGCCCAUGUUCACCAGAUCGAUUCUUUGUUUUUUCACUCCGAAAGCAACAUUUAUGACUUAAUCUGGAUUUUUAUCUUGACAAUAUCUAUGCCAGGUUUGUAAUCUGAAUCACAUCUGUGUUUAAACUAGGUAACCGAAUCAUAUCUUCGAACAACCUUGCAACUCCAAAGGCCGAAUGUAUGACUCAGACUUGAAGAAACUUGGUCAGAAUGCUUAUCUAAACAAUGUCUACGUUUAGUUUGAAUCUGGGCCACAUGCGUCGUAUUGUAUUAUUGUAUUUCUGUUUGACCUUGUGGUCAAGGAUAACCCAUGAAAGUGCUAGCACUUUUUUCCAAUAGGGUCCUUUGGUUUUUGCUGAAGAAACAACACGCAGAAGAGACAGUAUUGAGACACAAGGAAUCCGGGUGCGAUACCCUAGCUCUUUGCGAAUAGAUCCCUUGGUACUUUUACGUGCUCAGUGUAUAGCACCGCUACACGCGAGAAUUACCUUGGUUUCAUACCAGUACAUCUCUAGUUGGGUAGAAAACACUUGAAGCAUUUCUGAAAUUUCCAGUGCCCCGGCCAGGAAUUGAAACAGGGACCUCUGGAAUGGUAGACCAGUGUGUUACCACUAGACCACCGCAUCACCCUGCGUUCAAAAACUAGGUAAACAGGUCAAAUUUUAGAACAACUUUGUCUACACUUGAGAGACUGCAUUUAAGACUCGGGCUCGAUUAAACAUUUUCAGAAUGUUUAUCUUGACCAAAUUACAUGUAAUGCCAUGUUUAAAUCUGGGUACAAUGGUGUCAAAACUAGAUCACCAUGUCUUGAACAAUUUGUGUGAAGUGAACUCAGGCGAGCGAUUGAGGGCUUGGUUUCAUGUUUCUGAUACCUGGUAUAUAUUAAAUAUUUAGCACAUUAUUCUCAUAAAUAAAUUCAUGAACUUAU